AUGUCAUUCUCCCCCGAGCUACGACUUGGCGACCUCACUAAGUUUUCUUCAAAGUACAAAGGGCAUUUAAGCAUCAAUGAUGGUCACGUUGGGACUUACAUGGAAGAAGAACAUGUUUUCAUUACCACUCCCAACAAUACGUUCAUCCCCCAUCCCCCGAAUAUACACAAAGUGUGUUUGUACGAAGACGGCCGAUUUGGACAUCACGAUCCCACCCACGUUCCUCAAUUUUUCAAUGAAAGAUUUUGCCACUUUCCUGCCAUUCCUCAUCGGCCCUCUGUUCACGAUACGUCCCACCCAUACUAUCAAUGGCUCGAUACAAUCUGGUACAACGUUGCCCAGAACGACAUCGUGUUCUCUCGUGGAUAUGUUUCUCACAUUGGUCUACUUCAUGCAAGCAUUCAUGGAUGA